GGGAAUUCCUGAAGAAUCACACUCUCUUCACCACCAUCAAACACACACACGCACACACACCUUCAAUGGCGAGUCGCGUCCCUCCUCUCGCACGAGCACCGUCGCCUGCCGGCACGCCAGACGGGCCGCCGCACGCCUCGCCUACGACGACUGGCGCACUGCCGCGGGAGGUCCUGAUGUGGCUGCAGUCUCUCCCACUCAGCAGCCCCGUAAGGAAUCCACGGCGUGACCUGGCCAACGGCUACAUCAUUGCACAGAUCUGUGCCAACUACUGGUCACAGGUGCCGCUGCACAGCUUCGCGAAUGGCGUGAGCACGGCGAGCAAGCAGAGCGACUGGUACGUCCUCCAGAAGGUGAUGCGCAAGAACGGCAUUGCGGUCAGCACGGCGAUGGUGGAGGGGAUGAUGAAGGGCAGCGACGGCUGCGCGGAGGCCUUUCUAAAGCAGCUGUACACCGUGUUCACGGGCAAGACGGUGGAGGAAGUGCCGCUGCCGCUGCCGGAGCCGCUCACGGAGGUGCCGAGAAAAGACAUCCCAGCCUUCACGCCGUCCACCGCAGCCAACGCCGCGGUCCGGGCACGGCAGGCAGCAGCAGCAAAUGCCUCCAUGACCGGCAUGUCGUCCUUCUCCGCCGCUCCUCUCCCCUCCACCUCCUCGACCUCCCCGUUCAAUGCAAUGAAGAAGGGGGAUGCGUCGCUUACCUUCGGUGCCGCUGGGGUGAGUGAGGCGUAUCUCAACAGCAGCAACAGGCCAGCAGCAGGAGCGUCGUCGUCCGCCGCACGCACCGUCACCGCCGUCGCCACCACGCUGCCCUCCAUCGUCUCACCCCCGCCGACGCAGGCGACCUUCUCGGCGGACGCCGUGGCUUCCGGCAAGCCGGCCUUAAACAUUUCGGUACGGCCGGCGGGGCAGGUGUCGACGGUGCUGCCCUCCACCUCCUCCUCCUCCUCCGCGGCCGCGGGCGUGGCCAACGCCGACUCCGCGGCUGCCACGUCGACAGGAAGGGCUGGGGGGCAAGGGCACCCGCCGGACACGUCGCUCGCCGCGGUGUGGUUCUGGGCGAAGGUGCGCGACGCCCUCCCCGCGGAGGCGCUGGAGGCGUUCAUCAUCACCAACAACCAGAGCAAGGCUGUCGACGCCCCCUCCCCGCUGACUGCGACGCUCGUGUGGCUGUCCGCUCCGGAGGGCGUGUUCGAGGUAGACUUCGUGUACAGCGGGGCGGGCGAGGAGGCGGUCAAGGAGAGUCAAGCCGUCCUGCGGCAACGCGUGUGGCAGUCGCUGCUCUCGCAUGUGCAUGAGUUGGCAGAGGUGGUGGAGCACUGCGCGGCGCACGGUCUCGACGUCGUGGUGGAUGAGUUGCUUGCGGCGGUGGGUCGCACCGCCGUCUACGAUGGCGCCGCCGGUGAACUCCGCAGUGGCGUUCUCUUUGUGCGCAACGCGCUGCAGCUCUGCUCGUCGCUGCUCGCCCACAUCAGCGGCGCCGACUGCCACUACGCCAUACGGUGCUUCCACGCGUACUUCGUCGCCUCCGAUGCCUUUGCGAAUGCGGUGCGGCAGGUGCAGUGGUGCGUGGCGAGCGACUACGCGAGGUUGAUCAUGGCGGUGCUGCCGCCGAACCGGGGCGUUGCGGCCGGCGUGUUGGAGUCGCUGUGGAGCUCCAUCGAAGACGUCGUGCGCGAUGCCGCCGUCGCAGGAGGCGAAGCGGAGAGCCGUGACGACAACGCCGCGGACAAGGACAGCGUAUCAACUCCCCCGUCAACGCAGUCGGAGGUAAGUUUAGCGACGCUGCUGCGUGCACUCGUGGAGACGCUCCUGCCGUAUCACUCAGGAGCCACCGUCUUGCACAUAUCCGCCUCCCCCUCGCCGCCGCCGCCGUCGGCCGCUGCGGUGAACGCGAAUGCGAAUGCCAGCGGCGGGCAGUCCGCUGCAUCGGACGGCAAUCCACGGCGCACAUCACAGCGCAUACGCGGGGUGUACGCCGCCUCCACCGCAACCGCCGCAGUGGAGGAGGACGUCUUUGGCAGCUGUGUGGCGCGCAUGGCGCAUCAGCGCUGCAUUGAUUCCCUUCGCCAGCUCUAUCAACAGCAUGGCGGUCGCGCCCUCCUGCUCGAUCCGCGUGAGGCGGCCCUGGCGGAGACGGCGGUGGCGCUCGCGGUGGACCUCCUGCGGGUGGAGUUGAAGUCGCCCUUCACAGCGGAGUUGGUGGUUGGGGAAUCCUUCUUCGAUGUCUUCCGCAUCCUCUUUCCUUCUGUGGAGAGCCAGGGUGGCGACGAGGCGGAAGCCGCAUCCCUGUCGCCACCGUCGCUACCACAGCAACCGGAGCAGUUAUUGUUGUUAGCAAAGUACCCGACGCUCGCCGUACUGCGCGCACGUUGGCUGCGGUGGUGUCUGCAGCGGCGGCGGCAGUACGGGCUGUUGAGGAGCCGUCCCGCCACCUCGCCACGGCACGCGUCGCAGCAUCGCACCCCCUCGCUCGGCGGCUCCACCGGUGGGCUGUCCGAUGGCGACGGCGCACCGUGGGCCGACAGUGACGAGGUGCGUGCCCUGAGUGAUGGACUGCAGGUGGUGUGCACAGAGCUGUUCUCGCCGUUGGAGGAGACGGAAGCGGCGGAGAAGAACGAGAACAGAAGUCAGAAGGCGAAGGUGCUGAUGGCGUGCGCCAUGGCGGAGUCGCUGCCGUUUCUACCGCCGCAGUACAGAGCAGCGGAGGCCGACGUUGCCGGGAGUUCGCUCCGAGACGAAGAGGAGGAGGCAGCGAAGCCGGUGUACGCGGAGGCCGUCGCUGAGGCCGUCCUGCACGUCCUCGUGCGGGAGACGACGCCGGCGCAGAUGCAUUCGCUGCUCCGUGCAGCCCCGCUCGACGACGCGACAGCGGUGGCCCUCGUCGACCCACGCGUCGGGGCUCUGUCGCCGUACGGUCCGCUGGUGCUACGCAGCGACGUGCUGCUGCUGGUGAAGGCGAUGCUCUGCGUGCUGGAGAGCGCGAAUGGCUCUACCGGGAAGGUCGUAGCAACGGCAACCGACAGGGGCGUUGCGGCUGUGGCGCGUCGACUCGGCGCUCGCGCGGCUAUCGUAGCACGGGAAGGGCAGGUGGAGGCGAGCUUCGUGGCCCGCAUCGCGUGGAUGCACGCGCUCUUGGUCGAGGGGCGACGACCACUGACACUUGCGUCCACCACAGCCAUGGCAGCCCCAUCGUCCGCAUCCACAGCCGCAGCAGCAGUAGCCGAAGCGACGCCGCCGCCGCUGUUAGCUCCUCCCGCGAUGGAAGCGCAGGCCCACCGCUCGCACACUGCGUUGUUCGACGAGGCGGCCGUCGCUCAGUGGCACAACAUCAUUCUGGAGUCCUGGGACGCCUUCAUGAUGGUGCUGCAGGCGGCAACGCUGCGUCUGCGUCAGCGCGGAGGGGCCUCGACCAAUACUGCCGCCGCCGCCGACACCGCAGUGCUGCGUGAAGCCCUCGGCGAAAGUUUGCUGGGGUGCGCCCAGCAAGCGCAGGAGGUGGUGUGCUGCUUGGAGCACGAACUCUCGGUUGCGCUGCCGGGACGUGGAGCAGAAGCAGCGGCGGCGGCCACCGCAGACCCGAGCGAGGCCACGCCUGGGCGCGGCACCGGUGUGACGCUGAACUCGGCGCUGCUCAGCGGCCCGGUGGCGUCCUUCGACGUUGGCACCGCGGCCGAGACGCUGCAGGCGGCGGUGGGCUGGAUGUGGGCCGUCGUGGGUGGGUCGUAG